CAUUUGGAUUCAAAUUUGAAAUUUCUGUCACUUUCAUUUUACCAGUUGAUGAGUGAGUCAUUAGAAAAGUGUUUUGCUUAGCACAAAAGAUUCCUUUCCCAAGUUGUUGCGGUUAAACAAAAAAUGGCCGAUGACGAUAAACUCGGAGGUGGAACGGCAAUAAAGAGAUGUUGCGGUUUCCAUUGGAGGGGCAAAGCGACCCUCGUUAUACCCCCUCAUCACAUUACCACUGUUUCUUUAUGGCAUAAUGGAGGAUAACAAAGCAUGGGUGUGCAUGUACCUGGUGGCCAACAUGGCGCUCUUCUGGAUCACCGAGGCCAUUCCCCUCUACUUGACCGCCCUGUUUCCGGUGGUGUUUCUGCCUUUAUUCAGCAUUUUGCCAUCGGAUAAGGUGUGCAGUUUUUACUUCAGCGACACCGUGGUAAUGUUUCUGGGGGGCUUGCUAAUCGCUCUGGCCAUCGAAUAUAGCAAUCUUCACCAGCGUAUCGCUCUCACCACCAUCCUAAUAGUAGGUUGUAGCCCCAGGCGUUUACACUUCGGCCUGGUCAUGGUGACCUGCUUCAUAUCGCUCUGGAUUUCGAACUCGGCAGCCACCGCCAUGAUGUGUCCCAUUGUCAAGGCCGUGCUCAAUGAAAUGGAUGCGCAAAAAAUUUUUGCCAUUUAUAAGACGCAGGAAGAGGAGCCCAUGGAAGAGGGCGAUCCUCCGCACCCGUCUUCCAUAUCGAUGGCUUUCUAUUUUGGCAUUGCGUACGCUUCGUCAAUUGGCGGAUGUGGUACCCUGAUUGGAACUGGAACCAACCUGACGUACAAGGGCCUAUACGACACGCGAUUUCCCGACUCCGUGGAGAAGAUUGACUUUCCCGUCUUCAUGGCGUACUCCAUUCCAUUUGUGGUCGUCGUGCUCAUCACCCUCACCUUCUUCUCUUUGCAAAUUACCCACAUGGGUCUCUUCCGGCCAAACAGCAAGAUUGGCCAGGAGGUAAAAAAGGGUACGGAAAGCCAGGAUGUGGUUAAGACGGUGAUCAAGCAGCGCAAGCAGGAACUAGGACCAAUGAGUUGCCACGAGAUCCAAGUGGCCUUGCUAUUCAUCCUAAUGAUUUUCCUUCUCUUCACGCGCAAGCCGGGUUUCUUUGACGGCUGGGCUGACUUUUUGAAUGCACAAAAAAUAGGCAGUGGACCGCCGGUAUUUUUCUCGGUCUUGCUGCUCUUCGCCCUCCCCACUCAGUACACCUUCUUCAAGUACUGCUGCGGAAAGGCUCCGUUCCCAGGGCAAUCGCUGGAUGCCUGCCUCUCCUGGGUCUACUGCCAUAAGUAUACGCCCUUCGGACUGUGCUUUCUGCUAGGUGGAGGAUUUGCUUUGGCUGAAGGCAGCCGUGUGAGCGGAAUGGCCAAAAUGCUGGGAGAGUCCUUGGCCUUCGCCGGGAAUAUGCACUAUGUCCUGGUGGUGGCCAUGUGCAUCGUAAUUUCCCUAUUCUGCACCGCUUUCGCUUCCAAUGUGGCUAUCUGUAACAUUUUGAUCCCGAUCUUCUUUGAAAUGGCCCUGGCUAUCAAGGUACAUCCCAUCACAUUGUCCUUUCCUUCUGCCCUGGCCUGCAGCUUGGCUUUCCAUUUGCCAGUGAGCACUCCGCCUAAUGCCAUCAUUUCCGGCUAUUCGGGUUUGAAAACUAAGUACAUGGCCGUCGCUGGAAUUCUGCCAACAUUUUGGUCCUUCUGGUGCUUGCUAAUUACCGGAACCGUGUGGAGUAUGCUGAUUUUCCCGAGUUCUAAGGAAUUUCCGUCAUGGGCAGAAUAGCAAACCCAUAGAUAAAAACCAAAGCCGUAAAAGGGAACAACUAUAGAAAUAUAUUUUAUAAGGUAAAAUUUCGGAUAAGUCGUAAAAGAUAAGCAACAAUCAAUUGCAAAAUCAUUUUCACGCCAAUGGGCUCAAAAAAUCAAGGUGUUUACCAAUUUUCGGAAUCUCCAACAAAAUUUCUGUCAAAUCAAAAUACCUUUUAAGUACACAGAACGGCAUUUUUGUUUUGGCAAUAAUUUUGUUGGUGAGAAUGCAAAAAUUCUAGGUGGUCCUCCUCUUUUACGUCGGCUUAUUUUUGUCUUUGUUUGAUGACCAAUAAAUACAUUACGCACAAUUUGUGGCAAUAAAAACUACGAAAAACUUUAUAAAAGUA